CCCCUCCCUCGCCCAGCUCGCGUCCUCUCCCGGCCCGCUUCCCGCAUCCCUCCCAUUCUCCAUUUCCCUUCCGUUCCCUCCCAGUCUGGGCGUGCUCGAGCCCAAGGCAGGAUCGGGGUCCCCGCCUUCCAGUCCGAAAAUCCCGCCAAGGGAGCCGAAGAGCAGAGGAAAAGCCAAAGUGGGGAGAGGGGACGAAAGAGACCUGUGAGUCACCGUGUGGCAGUCAGGGAGCAGCCGCUUCCGCGAGCAGCAGCGACUGGGGUACCUGGACUCCAGGCAGGAAACCUCGCCCCAUCAACAAAGGCAGCCUGAGCGCGCACCACACGUUUGCAACUCCAAGAAAUAAAAGGAAACAAGAAGCAACAAAACUGUGAAUACAUGCGUAAGAAGAUUUGAGAAUGCAGACCCCACAGUUCCUGCAGCAGCGUCGAAAAUUUGCAGCUGCCUUCUUGGCAUUCAUUUUCCUUUUGGCAGUUGUGGAUACCGCUGAAGCAGGAAAGAAAGAGAAACCAGAAAAAAAGGUGAAGAAGUCUGACUGUGGAGAAUGGCAGUGGAGUGUGUGUGUGCCCACCAGUGGGGACUGUGGGCUGGGCACCCGGGAGGGCACCCGGACUGGAGCUGAGUGUAAACAAACCAUGAAGACCCAGAGAUGUAAGAUCCCGUGCAACUGGAAAAAGCAGUUUGGAGCGGAGUGCAAAUACCAGUUCCAGGCCUGGGGCGAAUGUGACCUGAACACGGCCUUGAAGACCAGAACCGGAAGCCUGAAGCGAGCUCUCCACAACGCCGACUGCCAGAAGACAGUCACCAUCUCCAAGCCCUGUGGCAAAGUGACUAAGCCCAAACCUCAAGCAGAAUCUAAGAAGAAGAAAAAGGAAGGCAAGAAACAGGAGAAGAUGCUGGACUAAAUGACACCACCUUCUGUGGAACAGGAAAAGGACAUCAGCAAACAGGAUCAGUUAACUAUUGCAUUUAUACCUACCGUAGGCUUUUUAUUCCAAAAUUAUCUAUAGCUUAAGUAUACAAUAGGCAGAAAUAAAAAGAAAAGAAAAAUUUUGUAGUAGCAUUUUUAAAAUAUAUACCAUAGUACAAUUAGGGGCUUAUAAUAAAGGACUGUAAUCCUAUUUAGAAUGUUGACUUAUAGUACAUGAUAAAUGAUAGGAAAUUGAGGUAAGUUUUUUGAAGUCAUGUGAUAUUUUACAUUUAAAAUCUUUUUUUUACAUUUUUUUUUCUUUUGGCAGCAAUUUAAAUGUUAUGACCAUGUAAACUACUUUUCUUGUUAGGUAAUUUUUUUCACCUAGACUUUUUUUUUCCCAAUUAAGAAAAAUAUAUACUAAACAAAGCAACAAUAAAAUAUGAUUAUCCUAUUUGAGGAAAAUAUGUUUUCUGCCAGUGGAUUUAAAAAACUUUUAGUCUGCAAAAUGAGGGGAGGGGUCAGAGCAUGUCCUAGUUCAAUGUUGAUUUCUUUUUUUAAAGAAAAGCAUUAAAACAUGAAAUUGUUUCACUUUGGCAGAAAUAUUUGCUCUCUUGAUGAAAUUAUUUUUCCUUAUGAGCAAAAAAAAAAAAAAAAAGGACUAGGAAAAUAAAUCAAGGUGAUG